CUCCCAAGAUGAAGGACCACAGGAUGGGGACCAAGUGGCCAAAAUCACUCCCACUACAAAAGAAGGUCAAGUUGGUUACCAGCUGAGGAACCUGAGUAUAUAUCUCACAGUCCUGAGGGAACUGGCUGAUGUAGUUGCCAAGCCACUCUCCAUGAUACUUGAAAAAUCGUGGCAGUCAGUGCUCUGUAAUAUCUUCAUCGAUGACACAGACAGUGUGAUCAAGUGCACCCUCAGCAAGUUUGCAGAUGACACUAAGCUGAGUGCUGCAGUCGACACUCCAGAGCGACAGGAUGUCCUCCAGAGGGACCUGGAUGAGCUGGAGAAGUUGGCCCAUCCCUUUUCUGCAGGCUUUUACCACCCACUGCACCAGCUUGCACCCGGGGCUGCAGGGAUGCUGGGGGCAUUCCCAGGGCUCACCAUCCCGGUGGACAUCCACCCCUUCCACUUCCAGCGCCGCCACAUCGGCAUUGACUGGCAUCGCCUCAGUGCCAUCGACGUGGAGCGGGUGGCCCGGGAGGUGGAUGUUGCUGCGCUCCAGGAGCACAUCACCAGCAUCGCCUUCUGCAACCUGGCUGCCCACACCAAGCUGGCUGACAUCCAGCAGCAGGCAGCAGAGCAGGCGGCACAGCUCCAGGGGGCAAAGAAGGAGAGCAGGAGGUGGAAGAAGUUGAUUGCCAUGCAGCAGCUCCUGCAAGCUGGCCCCAAUGCCUACUGCAAGUGCCACCUCUGUGAUAAAGCCUUCAUGAACGACUCCUUCCUGCAAGCCCAUGUGCAGCGCCGUCACGCAGAGGCCACCAAGGCAGAAAGGCAGAAGAUGAAGCAGGAGGAUGAGGUGGAGGAGCUGAAGGCAAAACUGCAGGAAAUGCAGCAGCAGCUGGAAGCAGAAAGAGAAGCACAGAGGGAAGCACAGAAGCUGCACACGGAGCAGGAGGCAGAGAGAGCACGCCAGCAAGAAGAGGAGAGCAGGAGAGAUUUGGAAAGGUGGAAAGAGGAGGAGAGGAUGAAGCUGCAUGAAGAGAUAGAUGGCCUGAGGCAGCUCUUCCUUGCAACAUUCAAGGAUGUGGCCAGCAGGAGCAGUGCCAUGGAGAGG